GGAUAUUUGAUUGCGUCAAUGGUAGGGAUAGCGGAGGCAAGGGAGGGGAGAGAACUUAACGAAAGCAAAAAACUCCAGCGUCCCGGUCUACCGUUAGGGAGGCCUUCUGUCAAGCCGGCGUCGGCGCGGUGUGACGUGUUCAGUCGCGUCUCGAUCUUUGUAGAAGGAGAAGGGAUCGCUCGUAGCGUGAAACGUCAUAGUUUACAGAUCCCGGUGGUUUUCUUUUUUUUUUUUUUGUUUUUCCUUCUAUGCGUUCCUUUCUCCUUCGUAUAAACAAUGGCCCGUAGGAGACAAUACGCGUUAAUAUUGUUCGAUUCUUUUUUUUUUUUCUCUUUUUGAUAUCUUAAAAAAAAAAAAAAUUGCCGCGUUUAUACUAUUCUGCCGUCGUCCUGUCGAUAAUAUUUUUGAAGGACAACUACUACGUAAGACAUUUCGAGUUUUAUCAAAGUAGCAAAAAGAUAAGCGAAUUUGAGAAAGAAGAUAUAUAUAUAUAUAGAUAGACAGUUAAUACUCUGUUACGAAGCGUUUGAAAAAUAGUGCCGUCAGUGUGUGUGAUCGAAAGAUAUUCGACAAAGAAAAAAGGAAGGUGAAGAGGAAGGAGUGGAAGAAAAAUAGAAUACGAACACAGUCUCAGAUCCAUCAAAUGCAGUCACCUCGGAAGCUAAAACAACGCCGAAACGCGUCGUCGUCGACGACGUUCAGGCAACCGACUUUAUCAUCGUUGACAACUCGUUGCUAUCGUCCAAGACCAAUGAGAAGUUUGAUACGUGUGCAACGAUACCUGGGAUGAUUUCGGAAAGACGUUAAAUUUGUCGUGGAUCAAUCGAACGUGAGAGAAGAAAAGAAAAAGAAAAGGGGUUCGCAAACAAGUGCGUUUCUUUUUUUUUUCUUUACGUUAACACCGAAGAGGAUUAAAAGUGACACUGGGAGAUUCUCUUGAGGAAGGCGUGUUUUGUAUUUAAUUCCUCGCAUUCCAGUGUGUACUCGUUUCACACGUGCGUUACUAUACGCGUGACACCAUAUCCCCCGUUCUCCGUAAAACGUGCGCAUAAUCGUCUUGCCGUUGUUUUUGCAUGUCGUUCGUCGUAGUACGAUACAAAUUCGUUAUCUUUGCCAUUAGUCGCGUUACCACCACCACCACCUUGUCGGGUCUCUUUUUUCUUUUUGUUUUUCCGUAUUAUAACGAAGCAUAAGAAAAAGAGAGGACAUCUCGAGAAGGGGAAACUUUUUCGAAAGAGCUCCGGCACUUUGGAGGAGGAAGCGAUGCUACCACCCGCUGCGCUGCAUCUGGAGGAGAGAAUGAACGGCGAUAGGACAGCGAGAGAGCGAUUUCCAUCGUCGAGCAGCACCGAUGACGAUCAAAGCGGGUCGGAUGCUGAGCACGAUACAUCAACAAUACGCGGGAAGGUCCAUUCUGGGAUUCUUCAUCACUCCACCGCACAUUCUGUCAGGAAACGUCGUGGUAAUCUACCGAAGCAUUCGGUGAAGAUUCUUAAACGAUGGCUGUAUGAGCAUAGAUACAACGCUUAUCCAAGCGACAGCGAGAAAUUAACUCUCAGCCAGGAGGCGAAUCUCACCGUAUUACAGGUGUGUAAUUGGUUCAUCAACGCAAGGCGAAGAAUUUUACCGGAGAUGAUCCGCAGAGAAGGACAUGAUCCUCUUCAAUACACUAUAUCACGUCGUGGUAAAAAAAUGCCAGGUGGAAGUCAUCAACAACCAUCGAUUAAUCAAAGAAGCAACCAAAACUGGGAUCCUCUGGCCGAAUGCAGUGCGCCGAAACGUAGAAGAGAUCACGAUUAUGGAGAAGCAACUGGCUUGAUGUAUCGAAGUGAAGAGGAUAGUCCGAACGACUAUGAAAGCAGUUCGCAUAGUGAGGAAGAACGUCCUGCUACUCAGUGGCCAAGUGUAAUUGUUUAUCCGUAUUCGGAAACCAAAGUAGAGAAAAAUGAUCAACCUAAUUACGGAGACGCGAUAGCCCAUCCAGCUCGACGAGGGGACGAGGAAGAUUCGUCGAUAGUAAGCGAAGCUGCAUACUGGAGUGCACCAAGGCAACAUUUAACGACAACUCCAGACGUGCAACAUGAGACAGAAGUUUAUAGUAGUACGCACAACGCUCACAAUCCUCGCAGCGAUGAAACACCACCACCGACGCCCCCGGAAGAGGACAAGGACAAGUUCAAGUGUCUGUACCUGCUCGUCGAGGCUGCUGUUGCAGUACGGCAGCAGGAAGAGAAGGAACGCGAGAGUGCUGUUUCUGUUUAACAGUUUAACUUAUCGCGAAAGAACAGAGCCACGAUGAAGUUCCUGGUGCUUUUUGGAUUACGCUUUCCUUUUAUUUUUCUCACAAGUGAACAAGAGAUAGGAAAAAAACAACGUGUUUCACAUAGAGAUAAAGAUAAAGCGAUGAAAAAAUGGUGGCCAUAAUGAUAAUAUAAUUUUUGUUCAAAAGACAUUUCGUUUUUGAGAUCCGCUUGUCGAUGUAGCAACCAACGGCGGUUAAUUCAUUAGAAUGGAUUAACUCCAUUCAUUAGAAUGGAUUAACUCCAUUCAUUAUUUGCUCCAAAGACAUGCGAAUCAACCAUCCGACAAAACGGAGCUUUAAUUGUUCCGUUCUUCAUUAUUAACGCGAUUUUUUGAUUUAAGGAAACUAGUUUUCGUUUCAUAUUGACAAUCCAACGCAUUGCUGUACUUUGAGAUAUUUUGAGCAAAAGUGUUACGCAUUUUCGUGCGUUUUUUUGUGUCAUUGACGUAAAGAGGUUGGAUAACGUUCGAUCUCUUUCUUUUUAUUUUUUUUUUCUUCUUUUUUUCUCAUUUUUUUCCUUUUUUUCUUUCUUUUUUCUUUCUUUUUUCUUUCAUUUUUCUUUCCCCUGCCCUUUUGUUCUUUCUUUCUUUCUUUUAUUCUUUUUCAUAUAUUAAGUCGCGCUUAAAGGUCCAUCGCUACGAAUUGCACCGGGAAGUGGCGAAAUAUCUAAUGUUUCUUAUAUCAUGAAUGGUAAUCCUCGUUUAUAGCAGCGACUAUUGUAGAUAUAAUUGAUAAUAAGAAACGAUAGUAGAGGGUUUAAAAUAUUUAGAAAUAUAUCGUACGUGCGGAUUAAAAGGAGAACGAGUGGUCUUUAGAAAAAAUCGCCUUUAGAAUUGUAAGGUCUGUGCAUUGAUUUUCGCACAUAUGACUAUUUGUUCUUAUUAAAAGAGAGGAAAGAUAACGUAAUGAUCCGAAAUUAUGUUCAUACAUUAUUUUUUCGAAUAGAAGUAUAUGUAUGAAGUACAGUUCAUAUAUAAUAUUACAAUAUGUAUGUAUAUAUGAUAGAAAACAACGCGAAGAUAUUAACGGAAUAAACAAUACCGGCUCGUGUAACUUUCGCGUUAAACGACAACCAGCUAGCUGCCAAUAUAUGGACAAAUUAUCUAUUUGUUAAAGUUGCAUAUUACAUUGUGUAAGAACACCCGAGAACGCAGAAAGAAAAAAACGACGUUUCGCCAUUUUCCAGAUCGUAUCGGUGUGUCCUGGUUGUGCAUUUAUCCUCUUUUGCACGAGUAUCGGUUAAUAAGUUUAUAUGAGUAGAAAAGUGUUAACGAACGAUUUGACAACGUAAAAAUGAGUUAUAUAAAUUUACGUCCAAAUCUACAAGUUCGCGAUAUAUUAUCUUUAUUUUCUUUUUCUUUUUUUUUCCCCUUUUCAUUUAUUUUUUUCUUUUCUUAUCUUUUUGUAGAAAUUACUAGAGUUAUAUUGUGUUUAAGAACUGAUUCACAUGGCGAGCGAAUUGAUUGAUUUAUUACGAUAUUCUUACAGUAAAAUAUACCAUUUGUUGCCUCCAGCAACAAAUUUUAGUCAAUCUAUUACGACUAUCGUUUCUCUAUGCUUACAUGAAUUGUAAAAUGAAGUUAAAUGAAGUUAAAAGAAAAUGUAGGGAAGUGGAAGAUUUUACAGAAUUAAAAUAUACGACACGUAUAUUUUAUACGGUGCCAAAAACGAAGAGAGAAAGGAGGGAGAGCGAGAGCGAGAGAGAGAGAGAGAGAGAGAGAGAGAGAGAGAGAGGAGAGAGAGGAGAGAGAGAGAGAGAGAGAAAGAAAGAAAGAAAAGAAAAGAAAAGAAAAAUAAGCGCGAAGGACAAUGACGAUUAAGGAAAAUUUGUGCACACUUUCCGACACUUUGUACUAAGUAAAACGAAAUUCCGCGAAAAACAAAAAGGUAAAAAAAAAUAAAUAAAUAAAAAGAAAGACAAACGCGAAACACAUCACAAAUGUGCCUUCUUCAGUGACUGUUUAAAAAAGCGACGAUUAACUUAAAAAUGAAUGGUAGUAGACUUUGGAAAAGCAACGAUCUCAUUCGACUUUUAAAAGAAUUUAAUAGUCGCCAAUUAACUCACGUCUCCUCUAUACAUAUAUGCCGGUUAUUAUACGUUAUUAACAAACAAACAAAAAGAAUAAGAGAAAGAAAAAUAGUUAACUUGAUUCAUCGUUCUGAGCUUUAUUCAACUUUUAAAGCCAGUGUUCCUCGCAGUUUUAUAUAUACAUAUAUAUACACAAGCCUACGUUAUACAGAAAACACAUACAGUUACAUACGCGUUCAUAUAUUUACACGUAAAAGCGUAACGUACGAGGUAGACAGUCAAAAUUAACUCGUGUUAUUAGAAUAAUUGAAACAAAACAACAAAAAUGAAAAUGAGCGCACUCUCGAGUUUGACAAAAGUUAUUUAGAGUGUUGAGGCAAACACUUAGAAUUACAAUUAAAAAUAACAACGAGGAUUAUGAACUCACAAUUUUAAAUGGCUCGAUUCUCGUCUGUAAAUUAUUUUGACUAUUGUUUAACAUUCAUACGAUUUCUAAGCCUCAUCGAUCACAGUCUAAUGUUAGAUUUUUCAUUAAAAAUCUCUUAUUCACAUUAUGUUUUAAGUUCGUAGAGAUUCUAAGAACCUCUUUCAGUUUAUCUUCUUUUGUGUACCUUCUGUUAUUAAUCUUGAAUUUUUAUUUUCUAGUUGUAUCGUAAACAAGAAUAUUCCCAUCUUCAAAAGAAUAUUUUUAUUUUUGUGUUCGCAUAGAACAUACAACACAGCAAUAUUAGAAUUUAAGUGAAAUUUUCGAAGGAGAAUCGGGCAAAAAAAAUUGUGUUUAAAAGCAUUGGAAAGCCUCAGGCAUAUCGUAUCUCAUUAUUAGAUUUUUAUUUUCGUAUUUAAGCAAUCGACUCGAUUAUACGUAUACAAUACAAACACACACAUAUUAUACAUAUAUAAUAUAAAUACAUACAAAACGCAACAUAUAGUGUUAAACGGCCUUUUUGCUCCUAAAUUUCGAUUGGUGGAGCACAUCUUGUUAAGAAAAUUUUGUAUCACGAUAUACGGAACGCUAUUCUCACGAGUUUUACUCGCGUCCCUAUUGCUAGCUGACUAGUAACAAUCUAGUAAUCUGACAAAUAACAAUCUCUUUUGUAACCGAUAAUAAAAAAAAAAUAAAAGAAAAACAACGUGUACUCAA